UUUUCUCCUAGGUCUUGGCUUGUGCGCUUGGAUUGAUCCGUGCGGAGCUUGCCCGUUGCCGUGUAAGCUAGGAUUCUUGCUCUUCGUCGUCUCUGCCGUUUCCUUGUGGUCUCUGGGUGAAAUUCCGGAAAUCUUUCUCGCGAGCGAUGUCUCUUCGUCUCUUCUACUCGAUGUUCUUCAUUAUCUGUACCUGCCUGUGCGUCAAGUUCUUGCAUUUCGCGGUGAGGCUGGUUCACUGAUCGGGAAAUCUCGAUUUUGUCACGCCGCCGCGGCUUUUGAGGUUCUUUUGCUUCCUGUGCCUUCGAUUACUUUCGAGAUUUCUUGCUAAUAGUGUGUGUAUGCAUGGCAUUUAGAUUCGCUGCCGCUGCGUUUGCUGCUCUGGUGCUCGCAACCGCGAUCUUCUUCGCUAGAAUGAGGGAUAACGACGAAAGUGGUGGUGCUGUCAAGGGGUCUCCCAGGCUCCCAACGAGUGUUCUUCCUCGUCACUACAAUCUCCGCCUCAAGCCCGACCUCCAGGCGUGCGUCUUUGAUGGGGAUCUCUCGGUGGAUGUGGAAGUUGUGGAGGGUGUGGACGAGAUCAUCAUCAAUGCUGCCGAUUUGAAGGUUCGCGAUGGAUCGGUCUCGUUCCGGCCAACUGGUUCCAGUCAGGUGUUGAAACCGGCAACGCUUGAUCUAGUAACCGACCAUGAGAUCCUGGUGAUGAAAUUCAAGGAAGCCUUACCCGUUGGACAGGGAACGUUGUCCAUGAGCUUCGAAGGAACCUUGAACGAUCAGAUGAAAGGUUUCUAUCGCAGCUCGUACAGUGUUGGUGACGAGAAGAGAAACAUGGCUGUGACACAGUUCGAGCCUGCUGAUGCUCGUAGGUGUUUCCCGUCCUGGGACGAGCCGUCUUUCAAGGCUACUUUCAAGAUUGUUAUUGAAGCUCCGGCAGAUCGCGUGGUGUUGUCAAACAUGCCCGUGGAAAACGAGAAAAUGUCGGGGGAUUCUAAAGUUGUAGAGUUUCAAGUAACUCCAAUUAUGUCUACGUACUUGGUAGCUGUUGUCGUUGGAGAGCUGAGCUAUCUAGAAGGGACUACUAGAGAUGGCACGAGUGUUCGUGUUUAUACUUUGCCAGGAAAAGCUGAACUAGGGAAAUUUGCGCUCGGUGUGGCUGUGGAAACACUUCCUUUUUAUACGGAAUACUUCGAGACUCCGUAUCCCCUUCCUAAAAUGGAUAUGGUGGCUAUUCCUGACUUCGCAGCUGGAGCAAUGGAAAACUAUGGCCUUGUUACUUACCGUGAGACUGCUCUUCUCUUUGAUGAGAAGCAUUCGGCUGCCGCGAACAAGCAACGAGUUGCUGUUGUUGUCACUCACGAGCUUGCUCAUCAGUGGUUUGGAAAUCUUGUUACAAUGGAAUGGUGGACGCAUCUUUGGCUAAAUGAAGGUUUUGCAACCUGGGUUAGUUACUUGGCAGCAGACUACUUAUUUCCGGAAUGGAAAGUCUGGACUCAAUUCAACGAGCUGACUGUUGACGCUUAUAGACUGGACGGCCUUGUUGAAUCCCAUCCAAUUGAGGUUGAAGUUGGUCACGUUCGUGAGAUCGACGAGAUUUUUGACGCUAUCAGCUACAAAAAGGGUGCAUCUAUCAUUCGUAUGCUGCAAACUUACCUUUGUGCUAAGACUUUUCAGAAAGGGCUUGCAUCGUAUAUCAAAAAGUUUGCUUAUAGGAAUGCUGCAACAGAGGAUUUGUGGGAUUCUCUUUCAUCAGAGUCAGGACAACCGGUUAAAGAGCUGAUGAAUUCCUGGACAAAACAGAAGGGUUACCCUGUUUUGGCUGUCAAGCUAGUUGGCGAUGCUCUUGAGCUUCAUCAGUCCCAGUUUCUAUCAACCGGACAACCAGGCUUUGGUGAGUGGGUCAUACCCCUCACCUUGUGUUGCAACUCAUAUGAUUCGUACAAAACUUCGUUGGUCCGAGGCACAUCCGCUCGAAUCCCGAUAUCUCAUGAAGUGGACACAAAAUCCAAAGGGAAGUGGAUAAAACUCAACGUCGGCCAAACAGGCUUCUACAGAGUCCAGUAUGACGAUCAUCUAGCUGCGAGUCUUCGGUCUGCAAUAUCUGGAGGAUAUCUCCAGCCUGACGAUAGAUUUGGUGUUCUGGAUGAUAUUUACGCUUUGUGUAAAGCUUGUCGAGAACCAAUGCGAGUUUUACUGUCUUUGAUGGAAGCUUACAGCGCUGAGGCUGAUCCAGCUGUCCUGGGCCACCUUAUUACAGUGUCGAGAGGUGUAUCAUGGAUUUUGGCCGACGCUAUUCCUGCUGUUGCUGAAGAUACAAAAGGCUUCCUCUCAAGACUGCUUCUCGCUCCAGCCAAAAACGUUGGAUGGGACGCUGUUCCCGGAGAAAGUGACCUCGUCUCUAUGCUCCGAGGGGAUCUUAUGUUGGCUCUUGUGCUUUUUGGCCAUGAACCAACCGUCAUCGAAGCCAAAGAGCGUUUUUACGAGUUUUUGAAGGAUAGAAAUACUUCGAGGCUACCUGCAGACAUAAGAAAGGCUGCAUACUCGGCUGUAAUGCGAAGCGUAACCGCUGCCGACAAAUCUGGAUAUGAUGCAUUGCUCCAGAUCUACAGGGAAACAGACCUGGGCCAGGAACGAACACGGAUUCUAUCAUGCCUUGCGGCGUCAAGUGAUACUGAAGUCGUUCGGGAAGCAUUGAACUUGAUACUUACGGACGAAGUUCGUAACCAGGAUGCGUUUUUCGUACUCGGUGGAGUUCGCAGGGAAGGCCGCGAGACUGCCUGGUCUUGGCUAAAGGAAAACUGGAGCCUUCUCCGCAGUCGAUGGGGUGACAGCGGAUUUCUUAUCAGUCGCUUCGUCACCACUACAACUUCGUUUUCGAGCCAGGAAAAGGCCGACGAGAUUGAAGAGUUUUUCCGCCAGCAUGGGAUGCUGGCGAUCGAGCGAACAGUGAGCCAGUGCGUGGAGAGAGUCCGGAUCAACGCUCGCUGGGUGGAAUUCAUUCGCGAGGAGGAAGGUUUCAAAGAGCUCAUCUCGGAGCUUGCACUUCCAUAACUGCCACGUGUUUUUGCCACGUAGGCGUGUAGUACCUGACGUGUUAGUUCACAACACUGCAAGUCGCUUUGCAUGAUUCACUUUGUUAUACACGGUAAUUUUCAUAAACGAUCCAAAACCGCCUAAACUCGGUCUCAUUA